UCGGCAGUUGAACCACUGACGAAAUCUGAACCAGCUUCAAAGAAGCGGAGUCUUGACUACAUAGUCAAGAGCGGAUUGGCCGGAGGACUGGCAGGCUGUGCAGCAAAAUCACUUGUCGCGCCACUUGAUCGCGUCAAGAUACUUUUCCAAACAUCAACUCCAGAAUUUGCUAGGUACUCCGGUAGCUGGGGAGGCUUUGUGUCCGCUAUUACGGCCAUUAGAGAAAAAGAAGGCUUCCGAGGCCUCUUCAAAGGUCACUCGGCUACAUUAUUCCAGAAGUUUCCAUAUGCGGCCAUCAACUUCCUUGCAUAUGAGCAGAUUCGAGCAAUCAUCAUCCCGACGCCAGAUAAAAAGACCCCAUUACGACAACUCUUAUCUGGAAGCUUAGCGGGCAGUGCAUCGAUCUUAUUCACUUACCCGCUCGAUCUCAUUCGAGUUCGAUUAGCUAUCGAGACUCGAUCGCAUCGAGUUAGCUGGAAGGAUGUUUGUCUUCAGAUUUACCACGAACAUGAUGCGCCCCUACAUCCGCAGCGUUUCAAAGCCCUCCUUCCACAUAUGGGUCUUACCAACUUCUAUCGAGGAUUUGGCCCUACGAUACUCGGAAUGAUCCCCUAUGCGGGUAUGUCGUUUUUCACUCACGAGGUCAUCGGAGACUGGCUACGUAGCCCAGCGUUCGCACCGUACACAGUUUCAGAGAGCCGAUCUUCUAAGCACCCCGGUCGACCACAGCUUGUCACUGUUGCGGAGUUAUUCGCAGGCGGCCUUGCUGGUGUAAUUGCUCAGACUGCUUCCUACCCAUUGGAGGUUCUUCGUCGUCGGAUGCAAGUGGGCGGUCAUCGUCUCGGGAUGGCUCAGACAUGUCGCAAGAUGUGGUCCGAGAAAGGUUUCCGCGGAUUCUAUGUUGGAAUGACGAUUGGUUACAUCAAAGUGGUGCCAUUGGUCGCGACGAGCUUCUUGGUCUAUGAGCGACUCAAGUGGGCCAUGGGGAUAUGA